AUGAAAAUCAAAUCUGAAACAUCUUUUCUCUGUCUUUCUCUCCUAGUUCUGAAGAAUAAUAAAUUUUGUAAAAAAGAAUUAAUUUCCAGUGGUUUAGAACAUUUAGUGAAGACUAUAUGCAGAGACGCUGAGAUUGAAUCCUAUGUAUCCAUGGUGUCGAUACAAAAAUGUUUAAGGAGUCUUCAAGGUAUCUAUGUUACCGAAUCCGAAAAUCUGUAUACAGCAAUCCAUGACAAAAUGUUUGACAUAAUUUCAGCAGCGAUUGCACCAUCUAUAAUGAAUUGUUUAAUCGAGUAUGUUGACAUUGCUUUUAUUGCACAUCGCAUUCAGCUUUCAUCAUGUGGUCAAAGGAGUGUGCCAUUUGUAGUUUAUAUCCCACUAGAGUUGGAAGAAAUUUAUCUCAAAAGACAAUAUAGCGAGGCUUUGAAAGGAAACAACUGGGAAGUCUUUGGAAACAUACAGACAGAGAAUCAGAAAUAUAGAAAAUUACUGCUUUCUUUUCUUAAAGAACAAGACACAUGUCAGGUAACUAAUUACGUUGCUGACAAGGAUGGAGCUACACCGUUCUUUGUAUCAUCUUAUUUAGGAUACGUCGAUUUUGUAGAAUAUUUCAAGGUAAAAAGUCCUGGUCACAUAGAUGGGAAAGACAAAAAAGGUAGAUCCUCCUUCUUUGUUGCGUGUGAAAACGGUCACAUUUUAGUUGUUAAAUAUCUCAUGAAAUAUCUUCAUGACAUUAAUGCAGAAAACUCUGACAAAACAACUGCAUUAUCUGCAACCUGCCUUAAUGGUCACACUGAAGUGGCUCAGUUGUUGUUAGAAAACAGAGCAGAACCAAACAAACUUAAUAAUUUAAACAAAAGUACUUUACAUUUUGCUUGCUCAAAUGGUAAUGUUAAAUUGGUACAGCUGUUACUGAAUGGUAAAUAUAAUGUCGAUUUAACAAUAGCAGAUAACUUUCGAAACACAGCUUUACAUAUAGCCUGUGAAAAAGGGCAUUUAGAAAUUGUUAAAACAUUGAUGGAACUUGGUUUGGAAGUAAAUCAGAAACAAAAACACGGUAAGACACCACUGUAUAUUGCUUGCACAAAUGGUUAUUUUGAAACAGUAAAGUACAUUACAAAUUGUAUCCAUGUGAUACAGAAAAAUAGAACAGUGGCUGAUGAAUUGAAGAAUAAACAUACUCUUAAAAGUGGAUGGACAGUUCUGCAUUCAGCUUGUAAUAAUGGACAUACAGAAGUAGUAAAAUUAUUGAUAGAUGUUGGUAUGACGGUAAAUGACGUAACAACUAAAGGUUUAACACCUCUAUUUCUAGCCUGUCAAAAAGGACGUAACGACACAGUGAAAUGUUUACUUGAUUUAAAAGGCCAAACAUUAAAAAGCUGUGUAGAUACAACCCUAAAAUGUAAAGACGGAUGGUCACCUUUACAUGCAGCUUGUACAAAGGGACAUUCAGAAAUAGUAAAGUUAUUGAUCGAUGUCGGUAUGAAUGUAAAUGACAAAUCGACAUACGGUUCUACUCCACUAUAUCUAGCUUGUCAGAACGGUCAUCAUGCAGUAGUAAAAUUAUUACUUGAUUUAAAUGAACAAACAUUAAAUAGCUGUGUUGACGUAACCAUAAAAGAAGUGGAUGGAUGUUCAGUUUUACAUACCGCUUGUUUACAUGGACAUACAGAAGUAGUAAAGUUAUUGAUUGGUGUCGGUAUGAAUGUAAAUAACAUAUUGAAGGACGGUUCUACGCCACUACUUCUAGCUUGUCAGAAUGGUCAUUACGAAACAGUGAAAUACUUACUUGAUUUAAAUGGCCAAGUAUUGAUAAGUUGUGUAGAUACAACCAAACAAGAUGAAUAUGGAUGGUCAUGUUUACAUGCAGCUAGUUUAAAUGGGCAUACACAAGUAGUAAAUUUAUUGAUUGAUACUGGUAUGGAUAUAAAUGGCACAACAACUGAAGGCUCUACACCAUUAUAUUUAGCCUGUCAGGAAGGUCAUUACGAAACAGUGAAAUACUUACUUGAUUUAAAUGGCCAGAUAUUGACUAGUUGUGUAGAUACAACCAUACAAGAUGAAAAUGGAUGGUCAUGUUUACAUGCAGCUAGUUCAAAUGGGCAUACACAAGUAGUAAAGUUAUUGAUUGAUACUGGUAUGGAUAUAAAUGGCACAGCACCUGAAGGCUCUACACCAUUAUAUUUAGCCUGUCAGGAAGGUCAUUACGAAACAGUGAAAUACUUACUUGAUUUAAAUGGCCAGAUAUUGACUAGUUGUGUAGAUACAACCAUACAAGAUGAAAAUGGAUGGUCAUGUUUACAUGCAGCUAGUUCAAAUGGGCAUACACAAGUAGUAAAGUUAUUGAUUGAUACUGGUAUGGAUAUAAAUGGCACAGCACCUGAAGGCUCUACACCAUUAUAUUUAGCCUGUCAGGAAGGUCAUUUUGACACUGUGAAAUUAUUACUUGAUUUAAAAGGUCAAAUGGUAAAUAGUUGUGUAGAUAUGACCCUGAAAGGUGAAGAUGGAGUGUCAUUAUUACAUACAGCUUGUUUGAACGGAAAUACUGAGAUUGUAAAGUUAUUGAUAGAAGUUGGAAUAAAUAUCAAUGGAUCAAUACAUGGUUGUACACCACUAAAUCUAGCUUGUCAUGCAGGUCAUUACGACACAGUUAAAUUAUUACUAGAUAUAAAUCCCCAAACAUUGAAUAGUUGUGUAGAUAUGAUCAUAAAAGAUGAAGAUGGAUGGUCAGUUUUACAUGCAGCUUGUUCGAAUGGACAUACAGAAGUAGUAAAGUUAUUGAUUGAUGUUGGUAUGAACGUAAAUGACACUACGAAACUCGGUUCUACACCACUAUAUCUAGCUUGUCAGGAUGGUCACUUUGCAGUGGUAAAAUUACUACUUGAUUUGAAUGGCAACAUGCUAAAUAGCUUUGUAGAUACAAACAUAAGAAAUGACGGAUGGUCAGUUUUACAUUUAGCUUGUUCGAAGGGAUAUACCAACGUGGUAAAGUUAUUGAUAGAUGUUGGUAUGAAUGUUAAUGACAAAACAAAUUACGGUUAUACACCACUACUUCUGGCUUGUCACAACGGUCAUUAUGACACAGUAAAAUUUUUACUGGAUUUAAAUGGACAAGUAAUAAAUAGUCGAGUUGAUACAACCCUAAAAGAUGAAGAUGGAGACACAGCUUUAAAUGCAGCUUGUUCGGCUGGACAUACAGAAAUAGUCAAGUUAUUGAGCGAUUUUAGUAUGAAUGCAAAUGAUAAAUGA